AUACUAAAUCAUCUUUUUUCCUUUUCUUGCUCUCUAUUUAUGAUGUAAAAAGUACAAUUUCUCAAGUAAGAAACAUUCAAUUUAAAAUCCAAAUCCUUCAAAUAUACGCAGUAGUUGGAUAUGUGUAUCAAGUGAUUCGCAAAUGUGCUGUAUGUGGACCGAAAAUAAAUCUAGAGUUUCACAGCUGUGUGUGGUACGGGCAUGUGUCGAGAGAAGAGAACAAGGUGGCUAAGGUGCGCUUGCGCAUCCGUGUUAAUAGUCACGAAUUCUACUCUUCGUUGUCGUGUGGUGUUUCAUGCUCACCAGAGCAUUCGCAAGAAAUAACAGACUUCGUGAGGUUGUCGCGUGUUUUCAAUCGUGUGCAUGCUCCACCACAAGUAUAUAAAGAUUCCCUCAAUUUUUUUAUUAAAAUGAAAUCAUCACUAACCAAUUGUCAAAUAACAGCAUCAACUGCGUAAUAUGUUACUGAACGAUAUCAUCAAAAUUAAGUGAAAAGUGAUAAAUAAAUUUUUUGUUCAAUUAAUUAAAUUGAUUAUCAGAAGAAACUUUUUUGAGAAUCUUAUUCUUAGAAAAAAUUAAAAAAGUUCUGUGAUGACUAUCAAAUCUAGUGUAUAUACUGUUAAAUAUUGAACUAAGAGUUCAUCUGGUGCUGAAUUGUCUAAUUGAUUGUCUAAACAUCUCUGGUAUAUUACAGAGAACAUAGUACAUCUUCAGGAACGAGUGAAGAAGCGUGUGGAUAUAUUCACUAUGAGUUUAAAACAGAUGUUUCAACACUUCAACGUCUAAAAAAAGGCAUGGAUCAGUAUCAUGAUAUGAAUGACAAUAUUAAUAUAAGUGAUGUUAUUGAAGUGAUUCAAACAACAGAUCCUGAAUUUGUGGAAGGUACCAGAUGUCAAAAUCAAGCUUUAAAUAUGUUGUCUGGUGGUGGAGUAGAAACUAUCAAACCAGUGGCAGUAAACACUGGAAGAGUUGGACCUUAUGUAGAAAUUGUAGAACAACCAGCAAGUAAAGCUCUUCGAUUUAGAUAUGAAUGUGAAGGCCGUUCUGCUGGCAGUAUACCCGGGGUCAAUAGCACACCUGAAAAUAAAACAUUUCCUAGUAUAAGAAUUGUAGGAUAUAAAGGACGAGCAGUGGUAGUUGUGUCAUGUGUAACGAAAGAUUCACCAUACAGACCUCAUCCCCAUAAUCUUGUGGGUAAAGAAGCUUGCAGGAAAGGUGUUUGCACAGUAGAAAUAUCAUCAGAAAACAUGACAGUAACUUUUGCUAACUUGGGAAUCCAGUGUGUAAAGAAAAAAGACAUUGAAGAAGCACUUAGAAUUAGGGAAGAUAUUCGAGUUGACCCUUUUCGAACUGGUUUCGAUCAUAAGAGACAACCGGCGAGUAUUGACUUGAAUUCCGUCAGGUUGUGCUUCCAAGUAUUUCUUGAGGGAACUGAAAAAGGCAAAUUUACCGUACCACUGUCGCCAGUUGUGUCAGAUCCAAUAUAUGAUAAAAAGGCCAUGUCAGAUUUAGUGAUAUGCAAACUCAGUCAUUAUAGUGCUUCGGUUGCUGGUGGUAUGGAAAUGAUACUUCUAUGCGAGAAAGUUGCUAAAGAAGAUAUCCAAGUGAGAUUUUUCGAAGAACGUGAUGGACAAGUCGUUUGGGAAGGAUUUGGAGAUUUUCAACCAUCCCAUGUUCAUAAACAGGUUGCAAUUGCAUUUAGGACACCAACAUAUCGCAUUCAGCAAGUGGAUCAACCGGUUCAAGUGUACAUACAACUGAAGAGGCCUUCGGAUAAUGCAACGAGUGAUGCGUUACCGUUUCAGAUGUUACCAUUAGGUUCAGGUAGGCCCGCGUUCUGGUCACUUCGCAAAGCCUUAAAUAAAAAGAAGGCUGAUCCUCAUACUUUUAAUAAAAUUAUUGCUACUGAAGCAGCAAUGCUCUCUAAUUCUAAUCAAAAAUUCACGCGUAAUAUUGAUGAAUACAAUAAUAAUAAUGAUCUCAACAUAAAUGUUGCACGUGAUAAAAUAUCAGCAUUGCGUGUUCUUAAUGAGUUAUAUCAGGUGAAAAAUGUUACUGGCACUCAGAAUGUUGGUGAUAUUUUGAAAACUAAUCAUUCUGAGUCAAAUAAUGUUCUAAAAAAUAUUAAUAACGAAGGUAUUUCCCAAGAAAAACCUGAAAAUGCUCAAGAUAAUUUGAGAAAUGUUUCAAUGAAUGACUUUAGUACUCCGAAAAUGAAUCUAGAGAUAGAGAAUGCAAACAAUCCGGAUGUGCAAACGUUGCCAAAAGACAGAACUGACUGGUUUGACUACUCGGAGGUUGGCAAGUGGGUCCAGAAAAAUCAAGAAUGUUUUAAUGAUGGAAAGAUGACUAAUGUUGAGCUAAAAAAUGAAGAAGAUGAAAAUAAAUCUUUCGACGAUUUAUUGACUCAAGUAGCAGAACUUGAUCAAAUAUAUGCUGAUACACAUACAAAAAUGUUUCAAGAAAAUUUGGAGGAUCCAAAUAAAACUUUCAUGGACAUAGACGUUUGUGAUAAUCAAACGUAUACAAGUCUACAAAUGGCAAUGAAGAAUCCAAUUAAAUUUCUCGAUGAUAUUCAAGAUGAGAGAAAGUACGAAGAUGUAGCUAUUCCAAGUCGAGAAACAAGUGCUCCUCCUUUGCCUCCUCCGCCUCUUACCGCUAAAAGAGACGUGACAAGAGCGUAUGAGGAAAAAAUGCCCCCGUUGCCUCCAAAAAGAAUUCGAAAAAUGUCGUCAAUGCCUGUUUUACCACGAUCAUCUUCAAUACAGGCUGUUAAUACAGCAGAAAAUAUUUCUGAAGCACCAAAUAAAAACUUGCCAUCACUCCCAGGAACUCUUACAAAGUCACCAAAACAAAGCUUAUUUUCAAAAUUAUUUGCUAAGAAAAAUAAAAAAGAUAAAGAUCUGUCUUUAGAAGGGCUUAAAAAUAGUGAUGUUUCAUUAAAUAAUCGUAACAGUAUAUCAUCAAUGAAAAACGAGUUGCCAGAUUAUCCUGAUAAUUCUGAGUUACCUAGGCCAAGUGUUGCUAGUAUUGCUUCAGUAAAAUCUUUUGAUCUAAAUGGCGAUGAAUCGCCACCUUACGGAAUUGAAUUAACUGAAGCUGAACAUUACGCUUUAUACACUAGUAUGGCACCUCACGCUACUGCCUCCGAAUUUGAUGAAUUAUCAUUUUAUUAUAGUCCAGUUGAAGGAGGAAAAAUUUUGACAGAAACAAAAUGAAAAAAAAUUUUAUAAAUGCAAAUCAGUAUGUUGGUUAUAAUUAUUUUCUUAAGAAAAUGAAAAUCGAUAAUAGUGUGAUUUUGAUCUUGAAUAAGGUCUAUGCUCAAAACAUUUUAUUCGUGAUGAUAAUCACUCUUGACCAAGUCAUAGUGAUUUUGGUGUUUAUCUGAUAAACAGCAGUCGUCGUUGUAAGAGUAGAUUUUUCUCAAUAAUUGUACUUUUUAAUCUUUAUCGAUGACAAUUUAUUCUUGUCUCGUAAAAAAACUUUGACAAUGGAAAUUUAAUUUUACUACAAAAUUGUACUAGUCAUUUUUUGGAUGUUUAAAUUUUAAGGAGUAAUUACUUCAAUUCUGAUACAUCUAGUCAUGCACCAAAGUGCUUGUUUUACUCACGUAAAUUGAAUCUUUCCAUGUAAAGAGAUAUUUGCAAUACCCUGCAUUUUUUAUAUACAUUUAAAAAUUGUAUAUUUUAUUGUGGUUAAAUAGUCUUUUAAAUUUCAUAUAAAAUAUUUCUAUCCUGUCAAGCUACAGUACAUUACUGGCCAUUAUUGUUACGAGCAACACAAUGACUGUAUUAAUCAAUGUAAUCAAUACAUUCGUAGAUGAUCCUGACUCCUUAAAACGAAAGAGGCAAAAGUUUAAUAACAGUCCAAGUUCACUUGUCCUACGACAUAUACAAGUCGAGGCGGAAAAAUGUAAGUAUUUUAAAUGUGUAAAAAAAUGGAAAAUGAAUUACUACUUCAU